AUGUUUCUCUCUCUCUCUCUCUCUCUCUCUCUCUCUCUCUCUCUCUCUCUCUCUCUCCUUGAACACAGAUACAAAUUAUUCAUUGUUUUUUUUUUAGCUCUCUGCAUCUCUACCACCCACCUGAAGCUGGGCAGCCCCCAGCCAAGACUCUUUACUCUCCGCCUCAACAUCACCACAGGCCCUGUCACCCUCAUCGGCGUGUAUGCCUCGACACUCUCUGCCACAUCGGACACCAAGGACAAGUUUUAUGACAAGCUGGCAACCACCAUCAGCAGUAUCCCCAGAAAGGAACAACUUGUUACCCUAGGCGACUUCAAGGCCAGAAUGAGUGCUGAUCAUGAUUCUUGGCUCUCGUGCUUUGGACAGUUUGGCGUCGGCAAGAUGAACGACAAUGGCCAGAGACUACUUGAGCUAUGUACCUACCACAACUUGUGCAUUGCCAACUCCUUCAGGACCAAGCCCCAGCACAAAGUCUCCGGGAGACAUCCACGCUCAAAUCACUGGCACCAGCUGGAUCUCAUACUGGUCAGACGAGCCGCCAUUAAGAACGUCCUUCACCACACGGCGGACUGCAAGACAGACCCCUCCUUGGUGUGCUGUAAGAUCAGGCUCCAGCCCAAGAGGUUCCAACGCGACAAGAAGCAGGGGAAUCCUCGCACUGGUGUCAGCAAGAUGAGCCAGCCAGACCUUGCGUAA